GGAAGGCUGGCAGCACCAAGAAAGCUGAGGAGGAAGAGGAGAUUGACAUUGACCUGACAGCACCAGAGACAGAGAAGGCUGCCCUUGCCAUUCAGGGCAAGUUUCGGCGAUUCCAGAAAAGGAAAAAGGAUUCCAGCUCCUGAAUGGCCAGCCUUGCCCUUCACCCUUCUGCUUUGUCUCCCCUUCUCCACAGCUCUGACUCCCAUGUGUCUUGUCCCUUUCCCCUCUAGCCUGUCACAGAGGCAAGCUCAACCUUCAUAUAUCCCUUUCUUUGGCCCUCUCAAGCCAUCACAGCAGUAGAGUCACAAGCACACACAAAUGAUGAAGACCUCAGUUUGUAGUCACUAGCCUAACUGGAUAGACUGGUUUCUCCUUGGACUAAGGCUCUGGAUGAGUACCAGUGCCUGUCCUGUGGAAUUGGUUUUGAGAAAAGGUUUUGAAGUUUUACUCGCCCUCUUCCCAAUGCUAAGGGUAGGAGGGGAAGGCCUUCAGAGUGGAGUGCCUGAAGGUGCCCUGUUCUGCCAUUUACAACAUGCACACUUCAGGUAGCAUCCUUACCCUUGAUGAGCCUUCUAUACCACCACUUCCAGCCCCAAUAACUGAAACCAGAGGAGCUUCCCUUUCCUUCUGGGCAUAUCUAAAUCAAGCAGCUUACCACACUAGUACACAUUAGUAGCUGAGUAGAUUAAUUCCAAGGAAGGGAACUACUAACACUGGCAGAAGCAAGGGAAAAGACCAAAAGGGCCAGAGAUGGCAGAGGUUCCAGGGGCCAUAGUUAGGGAAAUGAGGACUAGGGUAGAUUUAGGAAGGAAAUAAAGACUUAGUGGGUAAGCUUUCGGAAGCUACAAGUUAGUGUUGAUAAAUGUGUCCUUCAUGAAGGGGUCUCUGGGCUUUGGUAACCUGCCUACCUCUAUCCCUCCAACUUUAAUCAUCCCCAGAAGCCACAUGAGCCAAGUGACACCCCUGAAUAGUUCCCAGCUACCCCACUGUGGAGUCAGGGCAGAAAUAGCCACUGUAUGUGAUUUUAGCAUGUUUAAUAAUUACAACAAUAAAAAAGCCCUCAAAUGGGGCCUUUGAACCUCUA